AUGGAAUGGUAUCAGCAGACCACCAGGAGGGACGAGUCUGGCAGAUACAUUGUUCGGCUGCCGUUUAAGCAAAAUGCGGAUCCCGAAAAAACCGUGUGCAACUCGCAGCAAAAGGCGUAUAUUCGUUUCUCGCAAUUGGAAAAACGAUUGAACAACGACGAUGACUUAAGGAAUCAAUAUGUAGCAUUCAUGGAGGAAUACCUUGCGCUAGGCCACAUGGUGGAAGGGCCAGUCGCAGAUAAGUUUACAAAACAGACAUAUUACUUGCCGCACCAUGCCGUACGCAAGGAUGACAGUACCACCACAAAGCUUCGAGUCGUUUUCAAUGCGUCUCAAGCAACACCAACAGGCAAGUCACUCAACGAUAUCUUGCUCGUCGGUCCCAACAUUCAGAAUAGCAUCACUCAUGUAUUGAUGAGAUGGAGAACGCAUCGAUACGUGAUAGCAGCUGACAUAGAAAAGAUGUACCGACAGAUAAGUAUACAUCCUCAGGAUCAGGACUAUCAACGAAUCCUGUGGCGAAGUCAUCCAUCCGAACCGAUUAAACAUUUUAAGUUAACAACAGUUACAUAUGGCACGGCCAGCGCCCCGUACUUGGCGAUGCGCACUUUGCAUCAGCUAUCGGAUGACGAAAGGAUGCACUAUCCAAAAGCGUGUCGAGCCAUUAAAGAAGACUUUUAUGUGGAUGAUGUCCUAACAGGCGGAGAUACAAUCAAGGAAGCGCAAACCUUACAGCAAGACCUUAUCAAAGUGCUACAAAAGGGAGGGUUUAAAUUAAGGAAAUGGGCAGCAAAUCACGAUAGUCUGUUGGAGUCAAUUCCUGUUUCCGAUAGAGAAGCGAACCCACCGUUAAGCAUCGACAAGGAAGAUCACAUCAAGACGCUAGGACUACGAUGGCAUCCAGCAAGGGAUUGCUUCUUCUUCAAGGUUACCUUAGAGGAGAUCACAGGUACUGUGCUCACGAAACGACAAUUGCUUUCUGAGGUAGCCAAAUUAUUCGAUCCAAUGGGAUGGUUGCAGCCGUGUAUUGUCGUAGGGAAAAUAAUGAUGCAGCAGUUGUGGUUACAACACAGAACCUGGGAUGAACCAAUCACAGAAGAACUUGAUGCGAAAUGGCGAAACUUCCGUUCACAGUUGCCGGUUCUCCAGGAAAUUACUAUUCCAAGGUGGCUACACUGUAGUGAUAUUGUAACUAUUCAAGUCCAUGGAUUUUGUGACGCCUCAGAAGCAGCAUAUGCGGCAGUCAUCUAUGCACGCGUUGAGGAACGUGACGGUUCCACAACUGUUCAACUCAUAACGUCGAAGUCCAAAGUCGCACCGUUAAAGGUCCAAUCGAUUCCACGGUUGGAGCUGUGCAGCGCUGCGCUCUUGUGCGACCUGAUGUCAACUACGUUAGAAGCCCAUGGUUGGAAGCAUGUCAUUCCUUAUUAUUGGACAGAUUCGAUGAUCGUACUACAAUGGCUCCAAAGUCCAGCAGCUAAAUGGAAAGUGUUUAUCGCCAAUAGAGUCAGCCACAUUCAUUCCUCCUCCGAUUCCAAACAAUGGCGACAUAUAAAUAGCAAAGCAAACCCGGCAGAUGUCGCAUCCCGUGGAAUUUUCCCUAACUUUUUAAAAAAUCAUGUACAGUGGUGGAACGGCCCGGACUGGUUAAAGGAACAUCAAGACAAAUGGCCGAAAUCCAGAUUCAUAUGCAACAAAGCAGUCACCAAUUUAGAAGUACGACAAAAGGCAGCAUGCUUCACAACUAUUAAGGCAGAAGAAAAGGAGAAUUCAACGCAACGAUUCUCAUCAUUCACGAAACUCACGAAACUCAUUCAGACCAGAUCUUGCGGGUUGGUGGAAGGAUACAGCAGAGUGCUGCAAAUUUCGAUACAAAACACCCUAUACUUCUACCCCGAGGACAUAUGGCUAAUCUGGUAA